CUUUGCGUGGACGCCUUCACAGCCCUGGACAGGCACGCCGGCCGAAUCCAAGUCGAAAGCCCCAUCAACGUAGUUGGCGCACUGGCCACCACUUAACGCGCCCAUCGAAAAGCGCGCCUGAAGUCGAAGCACAAGAAACAAACGUCCCGGCCACUUUUAAGUUCCUACCUUGUCUUCCUCUCGCGCCUUUCAGUCUGCGGUUUUCACACACUGCAUGGCUGACACGUCUGGCGCUUCGUUCACCCUUUCACAGUCUGGCUGUUGACUUUUGUCACUGGAUUUCCAGCGCGCCUGUCCAUCACUGCCGCGAGCCCUCCGGCAACUUCAAUACUACCCGACUCGAACUUCCACCCGCACAAUGUGCCCCGAGGACCCCAUAAUGUCUUCCUCGCCUCCACCCGCCCCGCAUCGAAGGCGCUCCAGCAGUCCAGACAAGCAGGGCGCCUACGUCACCCAGCCUACACAGCCUAUGCCCGCCCGCCCGCAAUACUUCACGUCUGAUGCCACCCAGCCCACGCAAUUGCUCACGCCGAGAGCGAACCGUACACUUCCAAUCGAACUCGGAACCUCGCCGCGACUGCAAGUCCCACGCUCGUCGCCCGGUCUGGAGCGCCUCUCUUCGCCCGCUGCACAAUCGCAGUCGCAGUUACAGUCGCAAGCACAGACACAGCGCCCGUACGGCUUCAACCCGAUGGCUCCGCCAGGCACGGGCUUCUUUCCCCCGCAAGCUGUUCGCAAACCUGUGUUCGAUCUCACUUCGGACGACGCGCCUGUCGAACGCGACCCAGACGAGGACGAGUCGUCAUUCAGGUCGAACAUCCCGCUCAGUAAGGUGGAGAUGGGCAGUCGCGCGUCAAGAGUCGAGGAAACACCACCGAAGCCGCCGAGCUGGGAUCUUUCAGGCUAUGCAUACAAGGUCGUGCAGCAGGCGUCACGGAAGCGCGGUGUUGAUGAAGUCACGCGGAGCCAGAGUCCACCGCCGAAGAAGGUGAGGCCUUUGCCUCGACAGGGUGGACCGAGUCGCGCCAUGCCGGUAGACGUGGAUCUGACAGUCGGUGACGGUCUGGCGUUGAGUGACAUUCAGGAUUUCGAUCUCCGAAGGAAGACAACGAGGCUACAGGCCAUCUUCGGAAACAAACCUGUUAGCGUGCUUUACAAGGCACUCGUGAACAAGAACGGCCACUUCGAGGAUGCUUCGGCACAUCUCAUCGAAGAGGAUUCGGACGAUGAGCUGCUCAAGUCGCCGCAGAUCGGUGUCGCGAAGCGCAGCACGAGCGUCGCAGAGCCCAAGAAGACGGCGCAGCGUAAACUCAACGCACCCGUGAAGUCGCUGAUGGACAAGUACUCGAAGCAGGCACCGACGUAUAGUACCCCAAGCGCGACUGCGAGCCCUGCGACAACAGAUGCCGAGCAACCCAAGAAACGGAGACUCGUUCGCGGGAGGCGAAAGGUGGACCCUGGGAGUGACGACGAUACUAUGACGCCGCCGCGACCGCAGAGCAAGGAGGUCAAACCACAAGCGAAAGCGCCGGUCGUGGUCUCAAUUGAUGAUGAUGAUGAUGAUGAUGAUGACGGGAUCAUUGCUAUAUCGGACGACGACUCGGAUGCUGGGGCGAACUCGGAGAAGGACCACAAGUUCAGCGAGUCGAAACUGCUAGACUUCUUCAACGAUUGCUCUGUCGAGGCAAUGGUCGAUUUGUCCGGCCACAAGGAGGAGGACAUAGACGAGCUGCUAAAACAGCGGCCUUUCAAGUCUUUGGAAGCGGUUCGGACAAUCCACGUAGACGCGAAGGCGAAAGAAGAGCAGGAGAAGGGUAAGAAGAAGGCACGCAAACCCAGGAUCACGUUCGGUGCUCGACUGGUCGAGUCUGCCGAAGACAUGUGGGAUGCGUACUCGACGAUUGACUCGGUUGUCAAGCAGUGCGAGGGCCUUGGAAAGCCGAUGGUAGCUGGCAUGGCGCGCUGGGGCAUUAGUAUUUUCGGCGCAUCAACAGAUGGCGAGGUGGAUGCAGUUACUCUGGAUGACAGCAGUGACACCAGCUCGGCCCGCGAUUCUGGAUACCACACACCCAAGAGCGGUCAUGGCAGCGACACUGAGAGCGGCGGCCUUCGUAAGAUUAGCAGCAAGAUCAAGCUCCUGACGCAGCCAGCUAUCAUGAACGACGACAUCCAGCUGAAGGACUACCAGGUUGUUGGUCUGAACUGGCUGAACCUGCUAUGGCAGAACGGCAUCUCUGGUAUUUUAGCCGACGACAUGGGUUUGGGCAAGACUUGCCAAGUCAUCGCGUUCCUGUCGCACCUCAAAGAGCAAGGAGAAGGGCGGCCAACGCUGAUCAUUGUGCCUGGAUCCACGCUGGAGAACUGGUGUCGUGAGUUCGAGCGCUUCUCAAGAAAGAUCAGCUUCACACCGUACUAUGGCUCGCAAGCCGAGCGGUUCGAAUCGCAAGACACCAUUCGAGACAACAUUGAGACCGGGAAUUGCGACGUCAUCAUCACUACCUACGAUCUGGCGUACAGGAAGGAGGACAACGCUUUCCUGCGAAAGUGCAAGCCCCAGAUUUGCAUAUUCGAUGAAGGUCAUGUCCUGAAGAACGCAAACACUGCACGAUACAAGAGCUUGAUGCGAAUCACACCGAAGUGCAGAAUUCUUCUGACGGGUACGCCGCUGCAGAACAGUCUGCAAGAGCUCAUGUCCAUCCUUGGUUUCCUGAUGCCGGACGUCUUCUACGACAAGCAGGACGACAGUGUGCAAGAGAUGCUACAGAUCCUGUUCAAGCACAAGGCUAAGGUCACCGAGAGCAAUUCUCACAGCACUCUGCUUUCGGCACAGCGUGUCCAGCGCGCUCGAACCAUGCUGACGCCCUUCAUACUUCGCCGCAAGAAGGCUCAGGUGCUGAAGCAUCUGCCCAAGAAGACUUGCCGUGUUGAGUAUUGUGAGCUCACCGGCACACAAAAGACUUUGUACGAUAAGCAGUUGCAGAAGCAGCGCAAGAUUCUCCUCGACCGCGCCGCUGGCCUCCCUGUAAAGGAUCACGCAAACGUCAUGAUGAAGCUCCGACAGGCAGCUAUCCACCCACUCCUCUUCCGCCACCGAUACACCGACGACAAAAUCCGAAAGAUGUCCAAGGCAUGCUUACGCGAAGACACCUUCGCAGAGAGCAACCCGGACAUCAUCUACGAAGAACUGCAGCUGUAUCAAGACUACCAAUGCCACCACCUGGCUCUCAAAUACCCGGGCGCUCUGAAGAAGUUCGAGCUCAAGGAUCGUGAGUGGAUGGACAGCGGCAAAGUCCAAACCCUCCUCAAGCUGCUGAAAAAGUACAAAGCCAACGGCGACCGAGCGCUCGUCUUCUCACAAUUCACAAGCGUUAUGGAUAUCCUUGGCUGGGUCUUCGACGACCACGACAUCCCCUUCAUGCGUAUGGACGGCUCCACUCCAAUCGCUGAGCGGCAAGGGUUGAUGGACGUAUUCCACUCCGACACCUCCAUCCCCGUGUUCAUGCUCUCCACCAAAUCCGGCGGCGCAGGCAUCAACCUCGCGUGCGCAAACAAAGUCGUCAUCUUCGACAGCAGCUUCAACCCACAAGACGACAUCCAGGCCGAAAACCGCGCGCACCGCGUCGGCCAGACGCGCGAAGUCGAAGUCGUCCGCCUGGUCACUAAGAACACGGUUGAAGAGCAGAUUUACGCACUGGGUGUGAGCAAGUUGGAGCUGGAUAAGAUGGUGCAGGGUGAGGAGCAGGAUGAUGCUGGCUCGAACAAGGGGAAGAAGAAGGGUGCUAUUACAAGCGGGACUGCGACGCCGGCGCUGAGUAAAGCUGACGAGGCGGGGAUUAAUGCCGUGGAGGCUAUGCUGUUGCAGCAGAUGAAGAGUGAGGGCGAGGCGAAGGAUGUCAAGGAUCUGUUCAAGGAUGGAUUGGAGAAGGCUGGAUUGGAUGUGAGUGCUGUUUAGGUGGCGGUAUGCUGAUGGGUGUUGGAUUGGAAGCAUUGUAGAGUGUAUGCAUAGCGAUGGCAUUCCUAUAGAUAGCGA